AUGGUGUUUGACAUGUCAGUGUACAGCAGAUACCAAGUCGUGUAUUGCUCGCAAUCAUCAGACGUUCAAUGUGAUUGCUUUAUGUUCCAAUCGAAUGGUAUUCUAUGCUGCCACAGUCUUGCUGUUCUUCUACAUUUUCGUGUGACAGUAGUGUCCUCACAAUACAUUCUAUCCCGAUGGAGUAAGAAUGUUAGUCGGAGACACACAUACAUCAGGAGUAGCAUUGACAUGGACCGUUCUGAUGAAAGCAUGCCAAUUUUUAGGCAAUUGUGUUCUGAUUUUUACAACAUCGCUCAGGAUUUUGUGGCUACUCCGGAGGUUGCUGCUAUAUUGCGUGAUGCCAUGGACAGUGCUCGGGAGAAGCUCAGAGAACACAAGGAAUUCGAGCAUCAAGCUGCACAUGAAGCAUUCUUGGAGGAUUCGAAGUUUAACAUCACUACAUAUCAUAAGCAUUAG